AUGGUUGCGCCACCGUCAUUCUCCACUGCCGUCGUUCCUCCGUCUGGCGGCACCGUUGCACCUGUUGCUCGUGCCACCGUCGCUCCGCUACUGCCGUGCUGUUGUCGCUCCUCCUACUGGCCACUACAGUUACCGUACUUCUUACCAUUUUUUGUCCUAUUCUUGUUCCGUCGACAAAAGUCUUCCAACAAGAAUGGAGCCUGCAAGGAUAAGAAUCCAAGAGGGCUUCAUGACAGAAGCAGCAGGCUCAUUGCUUCAGCAAAGUUGAGCAUUAGUUCUAGUCCAGAUGUGAAGGGAGGGUGUCUUCAAGGAGGAAACCUUAGUAGGUCACUAGCAGCACCUAAAUUCAAAGGAGUACAAGUUUUCACAUACAGGGAGAUAAAAGUGGCCACAAAUAGAUUCAGUGAAGCAAAUGUCAUUGGUAAUGGAGGGUUUGGUUUGAUGUACAGAGGAGUCCUAAGUGAUGGUACUUUGGCAGCAAUCAAGUUGCUACGCAGAGAAGGUGUUGGGAAAAACUCAAUAAAGGUUCAAAAAACAAGAACCUAUCUAACAGCGGAAGCACAAAAAAUAAUUUUCUCACAACCUGUUCAAUUAAAUGGGCAAUACCAAAGAUACUCCAAGCAAUAA